UAGAGAAAAUAUACUUGAACAACUUAGCUAUGAUUCGCCGAUGCGAAACAGCAGGAAACGUGUCCGACGUUUGAAAUAUCCCCUAACCCCCGUCGUCGCAUAGAUUUUCAUAAUCCAACCGUGUAAAGAGAAAGAAAGAGAGGAACAACACGAAUAUAUAUAUAUAUGUAUGUGUGUGCAUAUUAAGAUAGUGAGAAAGAGAAAGAAAGAAGAUUGAUAGAACAAGCAAGCAAGCAAGCGCAGCAAACGCCGAGCAGCAAUGAUACACGCAUACGUUUACACACUCCUACACACAUACACAUACACAUCCAUAAUGCCAAGCAUAACCAAGUGGUUUAUUUAUAACGUCGCGGAAAUACACUCGGUGCCUUUAUUGUAAAAACGUUGUGUAACGGCUCGUUGUGUAACAUAAUCAAUGAUACUCUCCAUCCUGAAACGUCUCUUCUACACAAACUUACGUAUUAGGUAUACGUGUGUAUGUUAUAUUACCUAUGUACGUAUUAUCCAUGUGCAGCCACCACCUGUGGAUCAGUUUUGUAUUUCCUCGACAGGUCGGUCAAGGCCGACAUCACUCAAGCAAUGCCACCGAGUUAUCCCUGGAAGUUUGACGGAAUUUUCACGUCUUUGGAUCAUGCUGCUGUUAGAAGAGGUUGGCAAGUUUAUAAAACAAUUUGCGGUACUUGUCAUAGUCUCGAAUACGUCAGAUUUAUGGAUUUGGUCAACGUGUCACACACGAGGGAUGAAGUAGCAGCUAUUGCAGCAGAUUACGAGAUAGUAGACGGACCGGACGAGGAAGGAAAUUAUUAUAAAAGACCAGGAAAAUUAUCGGAUCGUAUACCACCACCAUUUCCCAACGAGGAAGCAGCAAAGUUUGCCAAUAACGGAUCUUAUCCACCUGAUCUGACUUAUAUUGUAUUGGCUAGAAAAAACGGACGUAAUUAUAUAUUUUCUUUGCUCACCGGUUUUAUGGAUCCACCCGCAGGUUUGACGAUAUCCGACACGCAACAAUUCAAUCCUUAUUUUCCUGGAUCAGCGAUUGCUAUGACACAGUUACUUCAAGACGGCGUAAUAGAUUACGAUGACGGCACACCAUCGACCAAAGCGCAAAUGUCAAAGGACGUUGUGGAAUUUCUUUCCUGGACAUGUUCGCAAGAACACGACACGAGAAAAUUGAUGACCAUCAAAGCGAUUGGUAUUAGUAUCAUUCUUAUGAUCUCAGUAUUACACAUGAAAAAAAGUAUAUGGACUAACGUAAUAAAUCAACGGAUUUUUAAUAUAUCACGAGAUAAAUGCGAAUAGGAUAGAAUAGGAUUUUAAUCCUUCUUUGCAUGAUUUUUUCA